AUGACAGGCGUCACUUUCAACCAAGAAAAGGAAAAAGAUGUUCUUCAUCCUCCUCGUGAGCAUAUUCAACGACAACAGUACCACGACCAAAUUCCCAGGCAUAAAAUCAACAAGUUGAUCCUCAACUACUUCAUCCAAGAAGGGUUCCCCAACGCAGCGUUAAGUUUCUCCAAAGAAGCGAACAUCGAGUUGAAACACGAAGAAGAGCCUUGGUCUCAGCAAGAUAACGAUACGAAACAGUUCCUCAACACGCCCAAGUCUUCUUCUGACGAGUUUGUCCAAGCAGUGAACAAGUACUUGGAUUCACAGGUGACGAGUAGCUCACCAGACGACCAUGCUAUGGAAACUGGUGAACAUGAUACGAUCAAGGGGUUUUCGUCAAUUGAGAAGAGAAAGGAGAUUAAGUACUUGAUCUUGAAAGGCGAUAUAACACAGGCAAUUGCUGCCAUCAGUACACACUUCCCCACAGUGCUUGACUCAAACAACCUCUUGCUCUUUAAGCUACUAAGACUCAAUUUGAUUGAGAUGAUAAGAACGCACAAGUUGCAAAUGAGCCAUUUGGAGAAGGAGGAUGCUGCAGCUGAGAGGAAGUUCUUGGAUGAUAUCCUUACGUUCGUGAGAAAGAACUUGAUCAGUAAAGUGACACAGUCAUACGACUUGUUGAAGGAGCUUGAAAUGACCAUGAGUUUGCUUUGCUUUAAUUUUGAUCCUAAGAGACCCGUGCAAGAGCUGAGUGACUUGCCAGAGGAAUUGAAGCAGCUAUUUGACCUUUCGCUUCGUGCAGAUUGCUAUAAAGUCGUGAACAGAGUGAUUUUGGACUUGGAGAAUGCAGAGCAGGACUCUCUCCAGUACAGAAGACAAGAGGUGGUUACUUUCAAUGCAUCUAAGUUGGCCAACCUUGGUCCUCCACCUGCUCUUAGGCCUAAGGAAGAUGUGGAAAUGGAAGAUACCAACGAAGUUUCCAAUGAGCUCGACGAUAUCAUACCCAAAGACAUUACAGAAAAGGACCCAGUAUUGGCACCAUCAGCAGACAAGACAGCAGAAGAACAGCCAAGUCUGUUGGACUCACGGCUUGAAACAAUUGCUAAGUUGUGGGUCAUGACGGAAAGAGUUUUGGUGGAGAAGAAGAUAAUACCUCUGAGGCAUAGCGAGAGCGAUAAGAAAUGGCUUUAA